AUUCGCAUGAGAAAAAAUGGCGGCGCCCGUCAGAAGGACUGUCAAAAGACUUUUGCAACAGAAUGGUGUCGGGCUCAGGUUGUUCACCAAGGGAUGGCGUCACCGCCAUGAAACUGCAGGUGCUUCGCUGCCCUAUGUACCCCGCAGAGCCGUGCUCUACUGCCCCGGCAAUGAUGAGCGAAAGCUGAGGAAACUGGCCACACUGGACGUUGAUUGCGCCGUCCUAGACUGCGAGGAUGGCGUAGCCCUCAGCAAAAAGGCAGAGGCCAGGGAAAACAUUCCCAGGAUGUUGGCUGAACUGAACCUGGGCCGGACGGAGAAGUGUGUGAGGGUUAACUCGGUGUCCAGUGGUUUAUCUGAGGCUGACCUACAAGUUGUCCUACAAGCUGAGGUUCUCCCACCUGCCCUUAUGUUGCCCAAAGUGGAAGACACUCAAGAAGUCCAGUGGUUCGUUGACAGGUUUCAGCGGAGCUUGAAAGGACGGUCGUUGACGGGACCCGUUCGCCUGGUGACCUUUGUGGAAACGGCUGUGGGCCUGCUCAACUUUAAGGCGGUAUGCAAGGAAAUCCGUCGACUCGCACCCGAGGCGGGCCUUCAUCACGAUGGUGUGGUGUUCGGUUCCGAUGACUUCUGUGCCAGUAUAGGCGCCACACGGACCAAGGAUGCCAAGGAGCUGCUGUACGCUAGGCAGAAAGUGGUCACCACCGCCAAGGCUUUCGGGCUGCAGGCUAUCGACCUGGUGUACAUCGACUACAAAGACGUGGAGGGGCUGAGGCGGCAGGCCCGAGAAGGAGCUCUCAUGGGCUUCACAGGUAAACAAGUCAUCCACCCUGGGCAGGUCCAGGCCGUGCAGGAAGAAUUCUCUCCCAGUCAGCAGAGGGUCCAGUGGGCUAAAGAGCUCAUUGCAGCAUUUGAGCAACACCAGAAAGAAGGAAAGGGUGCGUUCACGUUCCACGGUAGCAUGAUUGACAUGCCCUCCCUGAAGCAAGCGCAGAACAUCGUCACGCUCUCUGCUGCCGUGCCACAGAAAUAAUGUGGGCCGCCAGGGACCAAGAACUGCUGGUGGAGGGGGGCCGCGGGCCAGGCAGGCACUGGACUUUGCCUGACACCAAGUUUGCUUUCAAUUUAGGGAUGUUGGACUUUUUGGGAGCGAAAAUUCUACAUUUGGACAAGCUCUUCCCUGGGGGCUUCUGGUGGAGGGGCGCCAUCAUUCCAUCAUCACGAGCCCACACCUGCAUUCUCCUCGAGGUCACCAUCAAAGCAUCUUGAUGGUCUGAGCCACUGGGCGAAAAGGGUAAACAAACACUAUUUUGAUUUGCGGGAGAGCCAUUCACACCCGCUCCCGCCCUCUUCAGGGGCCGGCUCAUAAACGCAGAACAACGUGAACUCACCAUUUAGCGUCUUUGUGUGGCUCCCUUGAGCAAAAGUCAUGCGGCUCCUUGCGCGGGCAGCCCGCGGGUCUAACUGUGGGCAAAUAUAAUAAAAGCUGCCUGAUCUCUCAUUUAAGGUGAAGCCACUUUAUUCCAAGCGGGCCGCCUCUUGCAGUACUCGGAACCCCAGCGGUGGUGCGUGUCCUACUAUCAUGCUACAAUAUGUCGGCGUGGAAUUGCACGCAGGCAAACCAUAGUGUUUGAAAAGCGCUGUUGCCCCAGCACAGCCCAUCCUAGCUUUUGUCUUCUCCUGAGGAUAAUUGAGGGGGGGUGUCGCAAGUGCUUCAUAGUGCCAUUGGUGACCAUGGCAAUGAAAAGCUCCCUUUACACCCCACCUCAUCCACUCAUCUUCCCCUCGCUUUCUUGCCACUGUAUGAUGUAUUGUGUUUGCAGACAGGCCCGGGUCUGCGCCAGGACCCGACCGGACAAAAAAAAAAAAAAAACUGUGCCCGAGCCAAAGGCCCCAAUAGUAAGCUGUCUGUCUGGCGUUUGGCCACAUUAUUCCUCCCUCUCCUGCUCCACUUUUUGCUGUCUACUAUUGACCAGCGUUUGUGUUUGUUUGUUUUCACAACUGACGCAGAGGUCGGCGAACAAGACUGCUCCUUCUAUUUACGGCUUUCAUUAAGUGAAUCCGCACACACAGUGCAAACAAGGAAAAUGUGGCGCCACAAAUUGUCAAUGUGAUUUUAGUUGGAUUUUAUAUAAAAUAAGGUAUUUUAGUUAUUGAUUUCAUCAUUUUAAGAUACACUAGCACUAAGUGGUUAAAAUAAUCGUUAGUGGAUUUUGCUUGCUAAAUGUGUUGUAUUUUUGUUGAAAAGUCCACGUCCAUGUUUUUCUACAAAAUUCUCCAGGGCUCAUGUUUACUUUUCGGAAUGUUUUAGAGCCUGACAUUGCAAAAAUUAAGUAGGAUUUUAUUUUAUACAAGGGGUUUUAUGUAUGUGUUUGUGUAUGUGUAUUUUAUAUAUAUAUAUAAUAUAUAUAUAUAUAAUAUAUGUUGGAAUUUCGACUGACAACCCCAGGAAAAGUAAGCAUUCAUUUUUCAGGGGUUUGAGCAUCCCCCAAACCCUUCUUCCCCGUACCCAACCCCCCUUGAGUUCAUUAUUGUGGAGUUGUUGCUUGGAAGUGACCUGUGGACAAAGCCACGGGAAAAUAGUACUAGGCUAUACUUUUUCUGUAACGUGCGUCAAAACUCUUGUCUAAUGUUAAUUUGGCUUGAAAAGUAGCAUUUAGCAGGCUGACCUCAAUUGUUAAUUUGACUCAAAUUGGCAAAUCGUGUUUUAAUCAAAAAUUGAUUUUAAAAAAGCACAGCAUGUCUCCCCUGGAGUAGUUUAUUAAUUUAGUUUUUACCCUCUAUGGCGUUUGUGAUGCACAUGUUGCUGAAAAUUCAUGCACCAUGAGCACCACAUGGGACCCAUGCUAUUACUGAACUUCACAAAGUUUGCCAGUUGUCAACAGGUGUCCCCUGCUGAGAGGAAGAAGUUGUAUGCAGGAAUAGUGGAAAUAAUGACUUCAGUAUUUCUUUUUUCCCCUCUUUUAACAUGUGUUCAUGUCACUCGCGCCCUUUUUAUUCAGGUUUUUGCUCUCUCUACAAAAACACGACUCCAAUGACAUUUCUGCAGAUUAGAUGGAUCCCCGCGUGUGUCUCCGCACUGUGUAAUGCUACAUGACGUGUCUAUUAUGCGUGGAACUGAUGUGAUCUUCCAUCCCGCUCGGCUGCUUUAUUUAAACACGUGUCUUCAGCGUUUCCCCGAGAGACAGACAGAGAGAGUAAAUUACAAUUAACACGAUUAGAAGCUCGCUCAAAUUGCGGCGGGAAUCAAUUAGUCUGCGAGCAGUGUUUGGUGAUGUGUUGCCUGAGAUUGCUUUCAUAAAUGACGAGAGGGCGGCGUGAGUGAGUGCGUGCGUUCAUGUAUGCAAAACAUCGUCGGAGGAGAAUUAAAAUGUCGCGUUUUACAUAUUUCCCCAUUAAUCUUAAUGGGGCCCGUGUGGCAGGCAAAUGUGUGUGCUUUUAUUCUAAUUCCUCCUCCCCACCCGGGGAAGCUCCCGAAUAAUGACUUGAUGUUUUAAUAGACUUCUAAUGACAAUAUAUGAGCAGCUAAUUGCAGCAGAAAAUCAUUAUGAGGGGCAAAAUAGAUGUGACUGAUUAAUCAGGAUUAACUUUGGCAUAUUGUCUCAAUUAGCUAUUUUGACAGUCAACAUUAUUUUUCACAGGGAAUUUAUCAAUUUAAAACGGAACGAGGAUUAACGUUUUCUAUCAUUUUAGACCAAAUUCUCAAAAGGAUGACUUUCCUGAAUGUUUCUGAGCCCGACCUUGCAAAGGAUUUUGUGCAAAGAAAAUAAUUUCAGGAGAACAUAAAUGUUUUUGGGGAUGCUUUAGAUAACAAAUUGGAUUUGAAAUAAAACCGCAUGGAUCGUGUUGUUAGGGGGGAAAUCUGUUGCAAAACCUAGUCACAGAAGACCAUUUAUCUGUCCUUUUAUUAUAUUUAUUUUAUUUUUAUUUUAUAUUUCAAAAUACAAGCGGUAAGAUGCUUGCCAUACAUGACACAUUUAUCUAAUUCAUUUAAUCCAAAUUAAUGACAUAAUCUGUCAGGAAAAUCAUUUGAAGGCACAAAGAUAUAUUUUCAAAAUAUUACGGAGUCUGCCAUGCCUUACUUUUUUUCUUGUUUACACGGGUGUGCUCUAUUUAUAGAUUAAAGUAAGACCGUUACUAAUUUAAUUAACUAAAUUAUGUAAAAUUCUGAUGGCACAAAGCACGUCAUUUUCUAAUAGUCAAAUUGAAAUCGAUGUGAAAUGCAAAUAAGCUUGGCUUUCAAGGCAGGUCUACAGCCCACCUGCCGAUGAAGCUGAAUGGGGCUCUGCAGAAGGUCUUCUAAAGAGGCUGUGAAGUUGCUUGUAUAGCAAUACGAAAUCAAGGUGGAGUAAAAAGAACAAUGAUCCAUUUUAGCGUUACAUUUUAUACAAGUCUCACAUUUUAUACAAAUUGUUUCAAUUCAGUUGGAGCCCCACCUUUUGCAAAACCCAAUUCUGUCCACGUAGACUUAUUCUCGGCCCACAUCAAAGUCUAAACAGGCACUAGCGUAGUCCACUAGAAUCCCGAAAAGGGAGUGUUGACCUAUAAAUGGGACAAACUGAGUGUCUUUAUUUUUUUUUUCUAUGGUGUCCAUUUGUCAUGUGACAAUUGUAGGGCAAACUUAUUUAUUAUAAUAUUAGUUUUCUCUGUUUUAUUGAGCAUUAAAACCGAUUUCGACAUUUAAAAUAACUUCUUUGCCAUUUUAGUAAAAACAUAUUAGUCAUCUUUUGUUUAUUACCUUAACGCAUACCUUAACGGGGGACUCGAUGAAAACGUUCUAAAAUUAAAAAAAAGUUCCUCACUCUUGCUAUAUUACUAGGUACACCGCCACACUUAAUAAUGAUAGCCAAUGUAACAAUUCUGCUUUUAUUUAUUCUGUCCAUUGAUUAAAGGUGGAAAUUCAUGAGUUGUCUGAAAUUGUGGGCAUAGCUUUUUCGCUGUCCCAAACAAAGUAGAUGUUUUUGUAAAAGGCCAAAAGAGGAAAUAAACAACAGAUCCCCUUG